AUCCACGGCUCCGGGAUUCCAACCAGGAGGUGUCAGCCGUCGACAGCCGAACCAGUCAGGUCGAUCCAAUAGCGCUCAACGCCGAACGAGCUCCAACUCCUCCGGCAAUACCUCUUCGCCUCUUCCAGUGUCUACGGGCCUACCCCAUCGCCCCGCGUCCUCCAUACUCGACCUUCCCGCGGACGUGCAAGAGGCACGAGCUAGUUCGUCAAAUCCCUCCGGCUUGAACGAAGCUGAGUUUCACUUCGAAACCGCAGUCGUCGGCGCCUCAGGAGUACCAUCCGAAGCAGAUCUCGAUUCAGAGCUGGACGCGUCCACCAACUCGAAAGCAGCCGACCGCAUUCCAGGCAGUGGUCUGCGACCACACUAUCAUCCCCAACAAGGUCCUCGGUCUGAAUGGGUCCUGUGGUGCGGCAACGUACCGCAGGACGCCACUGUCGAAGAGCUCUGGGAGGUAUUCUCCCGUCUCACCUCGGACGAAUAUCGCCAAUGGCUCGCGACACCCGAAUGUCAGGAACACGCCGGCGACACCCCUGUGACGGACGAUGAAGAGGCCGACGACCACGGUGUCAUGUCCAUCUUCAUCAUCUCGCGAAGCAAUUGCGCCUUCGUCAACUAUGCUAGUCACGUCCAUCUUGACCGAGCUGUCAAGUAUUUCCAUGGCAAGCAGUUGCGAUCUGGCGACGCCAAGUGCCCCAAGCUGGUGUGCCGUGUCCGCAAGAAGGACGACGAAGCACAGGCUGGCGUCGCUGGUCAGCGUGGUCGUGGCAUUCAUGUCGCCUGGCUCAAGCAGCAACGAGAGCUGGAGCGAACACCCGACCGAGAAACAGUCGCACAUACAUCACAAGAAUUGGAGUCUUCAACCGAGCCAAUGUCCCCACCACCAAUAAAGGACGCUCCGCUUCAGGUCGCCGGCGGACUCACAUCAGCGGCCUCUUACAGCUCGAGCGGGUCGGCAUCGUACACGUCAACCAACUCUUCCCUGUUCCGCCACCCUGCUUUCCGCCAUCGCUUUUUCAUCCUCAAGAGUCUUCGCACCGAUGACCUCGACAGGUCCAUCGAAACGGGCUAUUGGGCGACUCAGCCACACAACGAAAACGUGUUGGACCAAGCGUAUCGCAACAGCGAGACCGUUUACCUUAUCUUUGGUGUCAACUCGACGGGCCAAUUCCAUGGCUACGCCAAGAUGGCCGGGCCCAUCUUUACACCUACCAAUGAGAACAGAGACAGACGUCGAGCGAGCUUGUCUUCGGUGCUGUCUACCGCCUCCGGCAGCCUGCCCGCGGCCAUCACCCCAGAAUCGGCCGAUGAAAGCGCCAUCGAAAACGACGCACCUAGGUCGGUCGCUGGCACUUCCCCGAAGUCAGUGUCGCGUAAAUGGCACCCGACCUUGGACAAGCGCGAAAUCGAGGCCGCCAGGAACCUCUUUGGUACGCUGACGGUGGACGGUGACCCAUCUCGUUCUCAGCCCAUGACGUCUCCUUUGCCGAUCUCACCCACCGUUGAAGAGGCCGGACUGGUAAAAGGCUUUGUUCCGCCAGAACGCAAAGACACCGUCACCCCUCAAAACGCCGGUGCUUCUGCCCACUCGAGCACUUGGCCCUACACAUCGCUCAAGAAAGGCGGUAUUCUUGAUCACAGCGCUGGAGCGGAUGCGAGCGAGCGACCGAAGCUUGCCACCACUCUUUCAACGGGCAGUCCCUCUUCCCGUGUCACUGCCGAGCCAGAUGAGUACGGUGUACGUCGCGUGGAUAUGGAGGCGGAAUCCGCACACACUAUUUCGAGUCAAAGCGAGCAGCCGUCGUUGGCGCCGAGCGACUCCGCCUCGUGGUCAUCGGCUGAUCCUCGUGUGGCCGAGCAGAUUGCGCUGCGGGCCGUCAUCCACAAUUUGCGUCUCGACGAGAUGGAGUCGCGCGGCCAUGCCGAAGUGCUCGAAAACAAGCUUCGCUCCGCCUCCACACGUACCGAUGCUACCGACGCUACCGAUGCGACCGAUGCGACCGAUGCGACCGAUGCAACCGAUGCAACCGAUGCGAACGAUGUGACCGAUGCGACCGUCUUCGCCAAGACCGCUUCGUCCUGCCACAUUUUGGAGGAAGGUGAGAUGCAACGCUCACCUCCUCGCCAGUCUUCGUCCGAUUCGUGGGGCAAGCCUUUCCGCGUCGAGUGGAUCCGCACCGAUCCACUUCCCUUCCAAAGGGUCAAGAAGCUGCGAAAUCCAUGGCGAGACAAUCGUCAGGUCAAGGUCUCUCGCGAUGGUACCGAGUUGGAACCCGGCGUUGGACAGCAGCUGUUGGACGAAUGGAACCAUCUUAAUGCCCCGGUCCCCACAGACAGCACCAAGGCGAGCAGCAAGAAUGCCGGUCCUCAUUCGUCGUCUGUACGUACACCCAGCGACGAAGACGAGUAA